AUGGAGAACAAACUCUCCGCCGCGGAAACUCAACUGGCCGAAGCCUCAUCCACGCACAACGAAACAUGCAAGGCCCUCCAGGCAGCUCAGAAGGGAAAGCAGGAGGCGGUCGAAAAUCUUGCCAAAGAGCGAUUCACAUACAGCAAGGCCCUCGAGGUAGCUCAGAGGGGACGACAGAACGCUGCUGAAAAACUUGCCAGAGAGCAAGUCAUAUAUCACACUGCCCGCGAUGAGCUGGGCACCCUACGCAACACGCUCAACUCGACGCUCGCCGAACUCGCCAGCGCGCACAAGACAAUCGAAUCACAGGCUACUGGCCUCACCACCCUCCAAGCCGAAGUGCACCGCCUUCAAGCCUGCCUCGACACCUUGGAAGAACAGCGCAAGCAAGAAGCCCUCGUGCACCAAUCCUGGGUCCGCCAAUCCCUCACCACCAGCUCUGUCAGCAUAGCCGAGACGCGCAACCUCCAAGAGCAAGUCAGCUCGAUGCGCCAGCGCUGCGAUCUCUGGUACGGCAUGUAUCGCUCCACGCACACCAACAUGGAAAAGCAAAUCGCCGACAUGUCAUCCGCCAUGAUCGCUGCCCACGCCGAGAACUUUGAGUUGUUCUCGCUCAAAGAGGAGCUGGAGCGCGCGGUUGCAAAGUUGCAGACUAAGGUUGAAGGCUUGGAAGAUGACAAUGCGCUGCUGAGGGAUGAGAAGUGGCGGCUUGAAGGGGAGUGGCAGAACUUGACGGUUGAGCUUGCCGAGUAUAAGGAGAGUAAUCGCAAGUUGGUGGGUAAGUGGUGGAAAGCGGUCAUGGCGAAUGAGGUGGAAGAUGAGGAGAGGAAGGAGGAGGAGAAGGAGAAGAAGAAGAGGGAGAAGAUCCUUAGGUAUAUGCUUUAUUCGAGGUUGGACACUGCGAUUGAGAGGCAGUUGGGUUUGAGGGCUGCGGGGGUUCAAGAGCAAGAGGUAAACAACGAGAAGGAAGAGCAGCAAGGGCAAGAAGAAGACGAGGUUGAGGACGACGACGGCGAGGAGUAUGACGACAUGGAGAGUUCAGAGGAUGACGAGGAGUUCGACGAAGAUGAAGACGAGGUGGAAAGUCUUGAUGGCAGUGAGACUUCUGAGGCUCCCGAAACGCCUAGCGCCAUCCCUGUGGUCCAGCUUUACUGGGAGACGAACAUUGUUGAGGGUAACCACGAAAACGAUGUCGAUGAGGAGGAUGAGUACGACGAGUACUAUGAGGAAGAGUACUAUGAAGACGAGUACUAUGAAGAAGAUUACGAGUACGAGUAUGUGGAGGAGUACGAGUGUGUGGAGGAGUACGAGUAUGUGGAUGAGUGCGAGUACGCGGGUGAGCAUGUGGGUGAGCAUGUGGAUGGCGCCGAUCAUUAG